AUGGAUUCGUCGUAAAGCUCGGCUGGUUUAAACUUGAACAUUCAUAUACUUGCUACUUGGUUAGACAUAAAUCAGUCUUAUAUUCCUUCGACUAUUUAUAUUCAGCCUUUGCCACCGUUUCAGGCAUCCCAACGAGUCCCACCGCCACAAGCAAACAUUACUGUAUGUGUAGACGUAUCAUCUAAUCAGAACAGCGUCUAAUAAUGUCAACUAAGCGAUCAAGGCAACUCCGAAGAUCAAUUUGUCAAGGGGCGAGAAGACGAGCUUUAACUGUGGGUUCUCGUCACGCGGGGGAAGUCGAGUUGAGCUUAGGCAACAUGGAAUUCGCCGCAUCCCCAAAAGACUACGGGACUGAGCAUUCACAAAUCAUCAAAUCUCACACGUUAGCGCCGACACACGCCUUCAAAACUGCGACAGCCACCUACCCUCUAACCUCUCCGUUAGCGAGCCAUGAAGAGAUUUAUAUAAUGGCACUAGCAAUUUGCUUCUUGGCCCUCCUAAUUGGAUGGCUUCUCAUAGUAUGCAUACGAACAAGCCUCUACUCUCUCGCCCGCAAGGCGAGAAAGAAAGCCCAAGAAAUAGACCCAGAGAGCGGUAUAUUAUUAGGAGGGGAGCAUGUCCCUGAGGAGGGUUCGUCGCUUCUAUGUAGCUUGAGAAAUGUGUCGACGGGUAGUCUAAUCAAGUCAGCUGGGGGAAAGAGUUUGGACUUCGCCAAUGGUAUCACGAAGGAAAUAGGACCGAUUAGGAGAAAAACGCGAAGCAUUCGCUAUUUGGAUGAAGAGGCAGCUGUGGGUUGUAAUGAGGGCGAGGACGAUGACAGUAUGGAAGUGGGUGGCUAUUUUUUACGCCUAAGACAUGGGAUAGCGGCUGUGCUACCUGCAUAGAGGAGGAAAAGAAGUCCCAGGACCGAAGAAAUCGCCGGCGUAUCUUUCGCCUACUUCAGGGGUCUGUGAAUACGGAAGACGAGCUGUGAAUGGCUUGGUACCGUUAGUAACUCGAG